GAGUGCGCUGGGGCGACGGCGAGAGCGCGCACCGCGCGUUAUCAGCCAGGGCCGCGACACGUCUCGAUAGCAGGUAAUCCCCAGGAGCGGCGCCGGGCGGCGGGUCAGAUCGCGAUAAGGGGGGGACACCGGGCCGGUGAUAAGAGAUCUGGGCGGCGCGAUACGGCGCGAGGCACUGCGCUCAGGGAGGUGCUGCUACCAGCCUCGCGACAUGGAGUCCAACGGCAAGGAGUCCCUGGGCAACCCCAUCCCGCCCGCGGAGGCCGCGCUGCUCAACAGCCAUGACCAGGAGCAGGACCGAGCGGCCGACUACCAAGUGAAGGUGUACGGCCGGCGCUGGGUCAUGCUCGCCAUAUACGCCUUCUGCGCCACCAGCAACGCCGCGCACUGGCUGCAGUUCUCCAUCAUCGCCAACAUCAUCAUCAAGUACUACAACGUGAGCAGCCACGCCGUCAACUGGACCUCCAUGGUGUACAUGGCGGCCUACGUCCUGCUGGUGCUGCCGGCGUCCUGGCUGCUGGACAAGAAGGGCCUGAAGGUGACCCUGCUGUGCGGCGCCGUGCUGAUGACGGCCGGCUCGUGGAUCAAGGUGGCGUCCGUGGCGCGCCACCUCUUCUACGUCGCCUUCCUGGGCCAGACGUUCGUGGGCGCCGCUCAGAUCUUCAUCAUCGGCCUGCCCGCCCGGCUGGCCGCCGUGUGGUUCGGGCCCGACCAGGUGUCCACGGCCACCGCCAUCGGCGUCUUCGGCAUCCAGGUCGGCAUGGCCACGGGCUUCGUCAUACCCCCGGCCAUUGUGGGCAACCACGAGGACGCGGACCACAUCGGCGGGGACCUGAUGAAGCUGUACGUGGGGCUGGCCGUGGGCCCGACCAUCGCCCUGCUGCUCGUCAUAUUCGUGUUCCGCGCCGCCCCGAAGCUGCCGCCCAGCGAGGCUCAGGCCAGCGUGAAGCGCCAGGAGGAGAAGCCGUCCUACUUCGCCUCGCUCAAGGCCCUGGUCACCAACAGGAACUUCCUGCUGCUCGUCAUCAGCUACGGCAUCAACAUGGGCACCUUCUACGCCGUCUCCACGCUGCUCAACCAGAUACUGCUCGUCUACUUCGAGAACUCCGAGGCGGACGGAGGCAGGAUCGGCUUCGCGAUGGUGCUGGCGGGAGUCUUCGGGUCAGUCAUCGGGGGCGUCGUCCUGGACAAGACCCACAAGUUCAAGGAGACCUCUCUGGUGGUGUACAGCAUGGCUCUGCUCGGAAUGGUGGGGUACACCUUCUCCUUCAAGAUGGGCUACAUCCUGAUCGUGUACGCCGUCGGCGCAUUCCUCGGGUUCUUCAUCACGAGCUACCUGACCAUCGGCUUCGAGUUCGCGGCGGAGCUGACGUACCCGGAGCCGGAGGGCACCUCGUCGGGCCUGCUGAACAUGAUGGCGGAGAUUUGCGGCGUGGGCUUCACCAUGAUCACGGGCAAGCUGCUGGUGUCGUACGGCGACCUGGUGACCAACAUCACCAUGUGCGUGAUGCUGGCGGCGGGCUUCGUCGCCACGAUGAUGAUCAACGGCAAGGACCUGAGGCGGCAGGCGGCCAGCAGGCAGCUGCGGGCGCCCGAGACGGAGAUGCUCAACAUCGGGGCGUGAAGAUCGAGGUCGUGCGUGUGCGGGGGACGGGGGGAGUGCCGGGCGCAGAACUGUCGAAAGCGCGUGGCACGAAGGGAGCGUACAGGACACGUAAACUUGAAAGGGUUCAGGGGGCGUGGUGUCUCUGAUGUAAAACUCUUCUAUUGGCCAGUCCCCCGCCCCCCGCCAUCAGUUGGAAGGGGCAGGGAGUAAGAUGGACUUGGCAGCCACGACAAACGGCCGCACGCGCUUUAUGAAGGGUAAGGGGGCAGGAUGAGGAGUGGAAGGGGUCAGGAGGAUAAGGGGAAGGGGUCAGGUGGAUAAGGGGAAGGGAUCAGGAGGAGGAGGGGAAAGGGGCGGGAUUACUGAUGCGCGUCCGGAAACCCCUUCCUCGUUUGCGUGCUCUGUACGCCAAUGGGUGCUUUGAAGGUUUCAUAGCACUCCCUCCAACUUUCAAAGGAAAAAAAAAAGUAGCAAACGAGAGGUUGACUCCAGUGUGAGGCAUGUAGGCAUCUGCCGUCUACUGAUGAGGGAGACAUGAAACAAGGUCCUUACAAAAUAGAGAUGUUACGGGACGCGUUAAUUGGUGAAACGGUUGUAAAUUGUAAAAACCUGUGUGUGUCCAGCGAUUUAUGCCACUUUUUCUACAAGCAAAAGUCCGGGAAAUGCUUGCCAGAGAUAAAACUAGGCUAGACCAGCAUGAUCACUGCAGAAAAUAUAAUUUUUUAUUUAAAUUUGAACCACAGCAGCUGUAAUUGUAGUAACCAGUUAAAAAAAUGUUCGAUGCAAUAAGAUAUUUAUGAAAAUAUGUAUGAGAGUUGUGGAACACGCCAAGAGACAGACGCAUGAGUGUACUUAGUCACAUGAUCUCGACAGUUCUACUGGCAGUUCGUGACGCAACGUUGGGGGAAUGCGCAGAGUACAAAAGUCAGUCUAACUGAUGUUCAGACCAGGCUAAGUUCGCUCAAGGCUUCCACAGCCGCGAUCAGCAUUCCAGUGCAGUAUCUGAAAGUUGAAAACACGACGACUGUGAAAACCGAGAAUUCGUACGAGAGACGAACCACUUGUGACACUUGCAGUUUUAUUCUGGGAAUAACAUGACGUCACAAUGGAUGCGAAGGGCCGUUAAUUCAAAUAGUUUCCUUCAAUGCUCUCAGUGUUGCUGAAUGUGUCUGCUCUGGAGGAAAAUAAAUUGAACAUUCAUCGCUGUGA